AUGUUACGGUCUGCCCUUCUGCUUUAUAUUUGCGCUGUGCGCAGUUUGGUCGAAGGUCGUGCUUUUGAGGGGCACGGUAUCGAGACUUUAUUCAAGGGUCCUUGGGAGUCUUACAAUAAAGCACCUGAUGGGAGAAUAGUUCGACCGCUGAAGGUGUAUGGCACCGAAGGAGAUGUUAUUACUCCUGAAGGACUGACGGAAAAUGGAAAAGCCACUUUGACGCCUGGGUCUUUGAUUACAUAUGAAUUCGCAGAGAACAUUGCUGGACGAGUAUUCUGGACCGUAGACGACAGUCCACAUUUGUCCAAUAACCAUGUCACCGAAUCCUUCCAGCUCUCCUUCGGCUUCACAGAAUCCCCAGACUUCAUCGGCAGAAACUCCGAUGCUACCACCGAUGCGAGACACCAAGAUCUUCCACUGGACCAGCCUCUCAAAGCCGGUAACAACAGCUUUGAUAAGAUAUACAUCCGUGGAGCAUUCAAAUACAUGACCAUCUGGAUCAAUGAAAACUCAUCUUACACCGGCGGCGAAACCCCAUCAUUCACAAUCUCAGACAUCUUCGUCCCUUACGCUGCCAUGCCACACUUCGAAAACCCAAAGGCCUACACCGGAUACUUCCAUUCUUCUGAUAACCUCCUAAACCGCAUUUGGUAUGCCGGAGCGUAUACCCUCCAACUCACCACCGUAAACCCAGAGGAAGGAGGCUCACUAGUCGAUUUCAACAAACGUGUGGAUCAUAACCACCUCCCACCGGGUGCAUGGGCCAGUAACUUCACAAUAAGCAAUGGGACCUCUGUCACCACCGAUGGUGCUAAACGUGAUCGUAUGGUCUACGCCGGUGAUAUGACAAUCGCUGUCCCCGGUAUUGCCGUUUCAACCUAUGAUCUUGAGAGUAUUAAGAAUGCAUUGGAAACUCUAUUUGCUCAUCAAUAUUGGGACGGUGGGAUGCCAUACGCCGGACCUCCGAUGGGUUAUCACGGUGAAUUUAGCGAUACAUAUCAUCUACAUGCUUUACUCGGUGUUUGGAAUUACGUCCAUUACUCCGGUGAUGUUUCGUGGAUGGCACAAUACUGGCCGGCGUAUAAACGUGCGCUCCGAGUUUCGUUAAGGAGGUGGAAUAGAUAUAAAGGUCUCUUCUGGUGUUGGUCUACUGCUGAUUGGCUCAGACCGGGACAAGGUGGUUAUAACUCCGAAGCUAAUGGGAUAUUCUACCUGACGGUGAAGAAAACCCUGGCGUUGGUGGAAAUUAUGGGACCUGGGUAUCUUAGCAUGGAUGAAGCAAGAAUGUUGAAUGAUAUCUUAAGUGCGAUGGAGCUUAAUUAUGAAAUCCUGUGGGAUGAGGAAAAAGGGUUUUAUAGGGAUAAUAUCGAUACUAGAAGGGAUAUUUAUCCACAGGAUGGUAAUAGCUGGGCCAUCUUUUCUGAAGGGUUGAUUUCUCUUGAGAGAGCGAAGGUUAUUAGCAAGAACUUGAGGAAGAGGUGGAAUAAGUAUGGUGCUCCUGCAGUUGAGAUGCCAAACACGAUCUCACCCUUCGCAACAGGAUUCGAACUUAUCGCUCACUGCUAUGCUGAGGAACACCAGUCCGCAGUAGAUCUGAUGCGUCGAAUGUGGGGAUACAUGCUUGACGGAAAGGGAAUGACGAAUAGUACAUUCCUUGAAGGAUUUACGAUUGAUGGGAACAUCAAAUACCCUGCCUACGGCUCUUCGGAACGAAACUCCCACGCCCACGGCUGGUCUAGCGGUCCAACAUACGUCAUCUCCACCGAAAUCCUCGGUAUCAAAUUCAUAACCCCAAUGGGGUAUACCUGGAAGAUCGAACCUCACUUCGUCGACCUCGACUGGGCGGAAGGAGGAUACGCCACCGCCGUUGGAAAAUUCAGCGUGAAAUGGAAGAAAGGUGGUAAACUUGAAGUUAAAACACCAAAGGGGACCAGUGGAGUGGUUGUAUGGGAGGGAGAGGAGAGAACAUUACAAGGCGGUGGGAUCUGGGAAUGGCACUCUGAUGGGUGGAGAGCCGGUCAAUGGGAUGAGGGCGAAGAAGAUGAUGAGAAGUAUGCAUUUAAGAAACCGGAUCCAGCACAGGAGAGGUUGGGAUUGAGUAAGAUUAGGUCUGGGCUUAGUUCUUCUGGUGGACAGUCUGUUAUAUCAUCAUGA